AUGACAACCACCAAACUCACCUGGCUCAUAACCGGCUGCUCCUCCGGCUUCGGCCUCUCGCUGGCCCGCGCCGCCCAAGCCGGCGGACAUCGAGUCAUCGCGACCUCUCGCGAUCCCUCGCGAACCCCCGACCUCGUUACUGAGAUCGAGUCUGCAGGCGGAAAAUGGGUCCAGCUGGACGUGGACAGUCGCACCAGCGGCGACAUCAUCAACGAGCUCGAACGCAGCGGGGACCACAUCGACGUUCUGGUCAAUAACGCCGGCUACUGCAUUUACGCCCCGGUCGAGUCCUUCGCCGAGGAGGAAGUGCGAGCGCAAAUAGAGACGAUGUACUUCGGCCCCUUGCGUCUUAUUCAGGCCGUGCUGCCCCAUAUGCGCCAGCGCAAAUCGGGCGUGAUCGUCAACUUGAGCAGCGGGGCCUCGCUAGACGGCACCCCCACCAUGGGGGUGUACGCAGGCGCAAAGGCGGGACUGGAUGCACUUACCAAGAUCCUGGCUAAGGAGGUCGCUCCGUUCAAUAUCCGCACCUUGACGGUGGUGCUCGGGACUUUCAACACGAAUAUGUUGAACUCGGUGGUUCUAGGAAAGAUGUCCCUACCGAAAGAUUAUAAGGGAACGGUGGUAGAGCAGGUCCAGAGAAUACUGGUAAAUGGGAAGCUCAAACCUAACGGUGACAAGGAUAAGGCGAUGCAGGCUUUGUAUGAGGUUGUUGUCGGCGAGGGGGUUGGGGAAGGCCAUCAGAAUGAGAAGCUUCUGCCUCUAGGUAGUGAUAUGACUCCGCGGGUUCGAGGUGUCCAAGAUUAUCUCAGUCAUGCUCUGGAGGUGUUCGGCUCGGUGACCAAUAGUGUUGGCGUUGAUGGAGAAUAG